GAAAGGAAAUUUUACAGAAUAGUACAAAAAUUAAAAUUUUUACUUUAUUUUUAUAACAAAAAAUUAAUUAAAAUUAUGGCACGCUUUGCUUUAUGCAAUUCUUUACUUUUAUUCAUUGCUUUCGUGAGUUUAUUGCCAAAACAAGAAAAAUAUGGAUCAAGAUUUUAUUUUUAUGCGAUUGCGUCGCCUGCUUCUUCUUCAAUGCUGACAGGCAGUUUUCGUAAAAUAAAUCAUAGAAAUUCUCUAUUAAAAACAGUUACAAGUUGUAUAAAGUUUGAAAAUAUAAAUUACACAGUGAGUAGAAACUUUCUGAAGGAACACCGUGAUUUUGCUGCUGUUUUUCGGUCUGACUUCGAUAUAAGGAAUAAUAAAAGUAUGCCAUCUUCUGCAAUUAAAUUUAAAUAUCCGGAAGCUCGAAGAGACAAUACAGUUGACAACUAUCAUGGAGCUGAGGUAGCCGAUCCUUAUCGCUGGCUUGAGGAUCCUGAUUCCGAGGAAACGAAAGCUUUCGUCGAAUCUCAAAAUGCAAUCACAACUCCUUAUUUGACUUCCUGCUCGGCGAAAUCAGCGAUUCAUGAUCGUUUAAAGCAGAUGUGGGAUUUUCCCAAGUAUUCCUGUCCCGCAAGGCAUGGAAAUAAAUAUUAUUUCUAUAAAAACGAUGGUCUGCAAAAUCAACGUGUUUUAUAUGUCCAAGACACUUUGGACAGUGAACCAAGAAUAUUCCUAGAUCCCAAUACAUUAAGUCCGGAUGGAACAAUUUCUAUUGCUCAAACGAAAUUUAGCGAAGAUGGAAAUAUUUUCGCUUAUGGAUUAUCAGAGAGUGGAUCCGAUUGGAAUAAGAUUCAUUUUAUGAAUACAAAAACAGGUGAGAAGUAUCCGGAAGUUUUAGAGCAAGUUAAAUAUUCAUCGAUUUCAUGGACUCAUGAUAAUGUUGGAAUUUUUUACGGACGUUAUCCACAUCAAAUAUCGGCAGACGGAUCCGAAACUGAUUCGAGUCAUAAUCAAAAAUUGUUUUAUCAUCGAGUAGGAACACCUCAAUCUGAAGACAUUCUUGUUGUCGAAUUCCCUGAGAAUCCCCUUUGGAGAAUAUCCGCUGAAGUUUCGGAUUGUGGUAAAUGGUUAUUUGUUUUGCCAAUGCAAGACUGUAAGGAUAAUUUGGUUUAUUUUACGGAAUUGAAAUCGAAUGAAGAAAUUAAAGGGAAAUUUAAUUUGACCCAAAUUGUGAAUAAAAUGGAGGCCGAUUAUGAUUAUAUAACGAAUGAUGGUACUAAGGCUAUCUUUCGUACAAAUAAAAAUGCUCCGAAUAGCAAAUUGAUAGCAAUUGAUUUAUUAAACUAUGAAGAAGAAAAUUGGACAGUAUUAUUACCUGAACAUUCUCACAAUGUUCUGGAUUGGGCUGCAGCUGUAGACAAUGAUAAAGUUCUUGCCUGUUACAUAGAAGAUGUAAAAUCUGUUUUACAAUUACAUAGUUUGAAAUCCGGAGAAUUGAUAAGAAAUUUUCCUCUUGAUGUUGGCACCGUAUCAGGAUUUUCAGGGGAGAAAAAAUACUCUGAAAUAUUUUAUCAUUUCACUUCAAUUUUAAAUCCGGGAAUAAUAUAUACAAUGGAUUUAAAGAAAGACGAAAAUCCCAAGAUUCUUCGAGAAAUAAAAGUAGACGGCUUCAAUCCCAGUCUGUAUACGACAAUUCAAGUGUUUUAUACUAGUAAAGACGGCACAAAGAUUCCUAUGUUCAUUGCAAUGAAGAAGGGAGCGAAAUUGGAUGGUUCGAUGCCAGCAUUGCUUUAUGGAUAUGGAGGAUUUAACAUCAGUUUACUACCAGAGUUUUCCGUAACAAGGCUGAUCUUCAUUCAGCAUUUAAAUGGAAUUUUGGCAAUUCCGAAUAUUCGUGGAGGAGGAGAGUAUGGCGAAAAGUGGCAUAAUGAUGGUAAAUUAUUCAAGAAACAAAAUACUUUCGAUGAUUUUCAAAGUGCAGCGGAAUAUUUAAUUGAACAUGGAUAUACAUCGAGUAAAAAACUUUCGAUCCAAGGUGGUAGUAAUGGAGGUCUUUUAAUUGGAGCUUGCGUGAAUCAAAGACCAGAUCUUUUCGGCGCCGCUAUCGCUCAAGUUGGAGUAAUGGACAUGUUACGUUUUCACAAAUUCACCAUUGGAUACGCUUGGGCCUCGGAUUAUGGAAAUUCAGAUGAUUCAAAACAUUUUCAAAAUCUCAUUAAAUUUUCACCAUUACACAAUAUCAAAACACCGAAGGAUGGCCAUCAAUAUCCAGCAAUAAUGGUAUUAUCAGCCGAUCACGAUGAUCGUGUCGUUCCAUUGCAUUCAUUGAAGUAUAUUGCCACUAUUCAACAUGUACUUGGAGAACUACCGCAACAAACCAAUCCAUUGUUAGGACGUUUUGAUGUGAAAGCAGGACAUGGAAGUGGAAAAUCGACUUCCAAAGUGAUUGAGGAAUUAAGCGACAUCUUAACAUUCAUCGUAAAAUCGUUAGGUUUGGAAUUUAAACUAUAGCUUCGAAUAUUAUAAUUAACAAAAAAUUGCAUUUGUUACAAGAAAAGGUUUUUUGAUAAAUUAUUAAAGUUGUAGUCAUCGUUGAAAAUUACAAUAAGGCAUGAAACAGUUAAAUAGUAUUACAACAUUUUUACUUUGUAAUAAAUAAGGAAGUUACCAUUGUU